GCAGCACCAGGCAGCACUCGGCAGUCGGCAGCAGCCAGUUUCCACUACCAGUCUGUCCUUGCUACGCGUCGGCGACGUCGGCGUUCGUUUCGGUUGCCGUACUCUUGUGACUCACCUCUCCUUCGCCGGAGGCAGUGAAUUAAACGGUGUUUUUCAUCGUUAUCAUACGUCACAACGCAGUAGUUCUCUUGUAAUUCAGCAAACGACCUCAGGUUCUUCCGUUGCGACAGUUUAAUUCUUGAAUAGAAAAAAUGAGCCACGGUUACCAAGGACCACCUGUUCAAUUUCCGGGACGAGCACGACCACCAACAUCGUUUGGAGCUCCACCUGGUGCACCCUCUGCCCCUAAUGCUCCAUCUCAUUCUUCGAUGGGCUUCUCAAAUGCUCCACCAACAUCUUUUGGCAUGCCUCAACCACACUCUCAGGCUCCUUGUCCAAUACAGCCCUCGUAUCCUUUCCCUGAUAAUACACCCGCUCAAACCUAUCCACCGCAACAAAUGCCAUAUCCCCAAGCUAUAGCCAAGUAUUAUCACCCUAACGCACACUCUAAUCAAUCUGCACCGUCUCCUUAUCCAAUACAGCCCUCGUAUCCUUUCCCUGAUAAUACACCCGCUCAAACCUAUCCACCGCAACAAAUGCCAUAUCCCCAAUCUAUAGCCAAGUAUUAUCCCCCUAACGCACACUCUAAUCAACAGCAAAAUUAUAAUCCAUAUCCUAAUCUUCAAACAGCACCAGAUGCUAAAGAUUAUUUUAGUAAUAUAACUCCUUCUGAACCAAAUGCACACACAGCUAGUUCAAUUCCAUACCAAAGUGGUAGCUAUCCCGGGGGGCAGGGGGUGAGCUCACAAUAUCCCUAUGCUGCUAAUCCUCCUACUGCUGCUACUCGUGGUACUACCCCAGCCCCCCGGAGAAAUCAGUUUACGCCUAAGACUUCUCCCACGGUGGUACCUUACGACGGCUUUGAUGCCAGAGCAGAUGCUGAAACUUUAAGAAAAGCUAUGAAAGGAUUUGGCACCGAUGAAAAAGCUAUUAUUCAUGUUCUUGCAAAUCGUAGUAACCUACAGCGCCAAGAAAUUACAACUCAAUUUAAGACCCUUUAUGGAAAAGAUCUGAUAAAGGACUUGAAAUCUGAGCUGUCAGGAAACUUCGAAAACCUCGUUCUUGCCUUGAUGAUGCCCCUGCCUCAAUUUUAUGCUAAAGAACUCCAUGAUGCAACGUCUGGUCUUGGUACUGAUGAGACGGUACUCAUUGAAGUAUUGUGUACAAUGUCCAAUCAUGAAAUUUCGAUUAUUAAACAAGCAUAUGAAGCAAUGUACAGAAGAACAUUGGAAGAUGAUUUAAUUUCUGAUACAUCUGGCAAUUUCAAACGCUUGAUGGUAUCAUUAUGUUGUGCCAAUAGAGAUGAAUCAUUUAAUGUGGAUCAAUCUGCUGCAAUGGAAGAUGCCAAAAAACUUUUGCAAGCUGGGGAACUUCAAUUUGGUACGGAUGAGUCUACUUUUAAUGCGAUUCUUGUCCAAAGAAACAUGGCACAGCUGGAACAAAUAUUCCAAGAAUACCAUAACAUAACAGGCCAUGAUAUUGAGGAUGCGAUUGAAAAUGAGUUUUCGGGCGAUAUUAAGAAGGGUCUCCUUGCAAUUGUGAAGUGUGUCAAGAACAGAGCCGGUUUCUUCGCCGAACAGUUGUACAAAAGCAUGAAAGGCAUUGGUACGGAUGAUAACCGUCUCAUUCGAUUAGUUGUGACACGUUGUGAAGUGGAUAUGGGUGAAAUAAAGAAUGAUUUUGUCCGUCGAUACAGAGAGUCAUUGGAAGAUUUCAUAUCUGGUGACUGCUCUGGACAUUACAAAAAAUGCUUAUUGGCACUAGUACAGUCCUAAAAUAAGUAUUUUCGAUCAUAUAUGGAACUUCCGUUGCAUUUAUCGUCCAACAUACAACAUAUGUGUAUGAAUGUUCAACUCCUUUUCCUCUUAAUUUCUAACAAUUAUGCCAGCGAUAAUAACGCAGAUUUGUGCUUCGAAAUAUAGAUGAAUUUAUUUUUAUAUGUAAAAUUAUAUGAAGAUAUUUUGAGAUAUAUAUACAAGUACUUCGAUGAUUUUAUAAAAUUGACAAUUAUGUAUAAAAUCCAUGGCCAUGUUGAUGAAAACUAAGAAUUGGAAAUCGUAUAAUC